AGAUUGCAACAAUUUUUUUUUUGUAAAAAAUGCUUGCCGUACACCUCGUAUCAUUUUUCUUUACAAAACUAAAGGAAGAUCAGAUCAAAAAGGUAGACCGGUUUCUAUAUCACAUGCGCCUGUCCGAUGAAGCAUUACUUGAUAUCAUGACUCGUUUUCAAUCAGAGAUGGAAAAAGGCCUGAAGAAAGACACAAAUCCCACUGCCUCUGUCAAGAUGUUGCCAACAUACGUCAGAACAACUCCUGACGGUUCUGAAAAAGGAGAUUUCCUUGCUCUUGAUCUUGGAGGCUCCAAGUUCCGGGUUUUAAGGGUGAAAGUAUCUGAAGAUGGAAAGCAGACCGUGCAGAUGGAUAGCCAGUUCUACCCAACGCCCAGUGAGAUAAGAACAGGAAGUGGAGCUGAACUAUUUGAUUAUGUUGCCGGAUGUCUGGGAGAAUUCAUGAAGAAAAAAAAUAUAACAGAGAAGCUUCCUCUUGGAUUUACAUUUUCAUUUCCUUGUAAACAAAGCAAAUUAGAUGAGGGGGUCUUACUUUCAUGGUCCAAAGAUUUUAAAGCACGAGGCGUUCUAGAAACAGAUGUGGUGGACUUAUUGCGCAAGUCUCUAAAGAAGAACAAGAACACAAAUGUGGAAGUCCUGGCUCUGGUUAACGACACAGUCGGGACAAUGAUGACCUGUGGAUACGAUGACCAUUUGUGUGAAGUUGGAGUAAUUGUUGGCUCAGGAACAAAUGCUUGCUACAUGGAAACCCUGAAUAACAUUGAGCUUGUUGAAGGCGAUGAAGGGCAAAUGUGCAUCAAUACAGAAUGGGGAGCUUUUGGAGAUGAUGGAGCGUUGGAUGAUAUCAGAACAGAGUUUGAUAAAGAAAUAGAUUUAGGAUCCAUUAACCCUGGAAAGCAACAGUUUGAGAAGAUGAUCAGUGGUUUGUACAUGGGAGAACUUGUCAGACUUAUCCUCCUGAAGAUGGCAAAGAGAGGACUUUUGUUUGGUGGGAAAAUUUCCACAGCUUUACGAACACAGGGGAAGAUUGAGACCAGUCAUGUAGCAGCCAUGGAAAAGUAUAAGGAAGGCCUGUACAACACCGAGCAGAUAUUAAAGGACCUUGGACUGGAGCCAUCAGAAGAUGAUUGCAUAGCAGUACAACAUGUCUGCACCAUUGUCUCUUUCCGAUCAGCCAAUCUGUGUGCCGCAGCUCUUGCUGCUAUCCUGACACGUCUUCGAGAAAAUAAGAAACUAGACAGAAUGAGGACGACAGUUGGAAUGGACGGAACAGUUUAUAAAACCCACCCGCAGUACGCCAAACGAUUGCACAAAGUUGUCAGGAGACUGGUCCCAAACUGUGACGUGCGGUUUCUCCUCUCAGAAAGUGGAAGUGGGAAAGGUGCCGCUAUGGUCACAGCCGUAGCUUGUAGGCGUUUGGCUCAACAUCAAGAAAUUGAUGAGGUUCUGUCCUUGCUGCACAUUACUGAUGAACAGCUUGCUGAAGUGAAACUAAGAAUGUUGUCGGAAUUAAUAAAUGGGCUUCAGAAAGAAACACACAACUCUGCAACAGUGAAAAUGUUACCAACUUAUGUGUACGGAACACCUGAUGGAACAGAACAUGGCAAGUUCUUGGCUCUGGAUCUUGGUGGAACAAACUUUCGAGUACUGCUGGUCAAGAUUCGCAGUGGGCGCAGACGCUCUGUUCGCAUGUACAACAAGAUCUUUGCUAUUCCUCUGGAAAUCAUGCAAGGAACUGGGGAAGAGCUGUUUGAUCACAUUGUUGAGUGCAUUGCUGAAUUCCUAGACUACAUGGGAAUUAAAGGUGCCCCUCUUCCACUGGGGUUUACAUUUUCCUUUCCCUGCAAACAAGAUCGUAUUGAUAAGGGAAAACUUGUUGGAUGGACAAAAGGCUUCAAGGCCACAGACUGUGAAGGUGAAGAUGUUGUAGACAUGUUACGAGAAGCCAUUAAAAGAAGGAAUGAAUUUGACUUGGAUAUUGUGGCAAUUGUUAAUGACACUGUGGGGACAAUGAUGACUUGUGGAUAUGAAGACCCGAACUGUGAGAUUGGACUGAUUGCAGGAACCGGAAGCAAUGUUUGUUACAUGGAAGAGAUGAAGAACAUUGAAUUUGUGGAAGGAAAUGAAGGAAAAAUGUGUAUAAAUACCGAAUGGGGAGGAUUUGGGGACAACGGCUGCCUGUCUGACAUUCAAACUACAUAUGAUAUAGAGGUGGAUGAAACUUCAUUAAACCCAGGAAAACAAAGAUAUGAAAAGAUGACCAGUGGAAUGUACCUGGGGGAAAUUGUACGUCAGAUUCUAAUUGACUUAACCAAGCGUGGUUUGCUAUUUCGAGGGCAGAUUUCAGAACGCCUGAGGACAAAAGGAAUAUUUGAAACCAAAUUCUUGUCUCAAAUGGAAAGUGACCGUCUAGCUCUCCUUCAAGUUCGGAAGAUUCUCCAGCAGCUUGGUUUAGACACCACUUGUGACGACAGUAUAAUUGUGAAGCAGGUUUGUGGAGCAGUGUCAAGGAGAGCAGCCAAGUUAUGUGGAGCUGGGUUGGCAGCCAUUGUGGAUAAAAUCAGAGAGAACCGGAAUCUGGACCAUCUAAACACGACUGUCGGUGUGGACGGGACACUCUACAAGCUGCAUCCACAUUUCUCUAGGAUUUUGCAGGAAACCGUGAAACAGCUGGCCCCUGAAUGUGACGUAACAUUUAUGUUAUCGGAAGAUGGCAGUGGCAAAGGAGCUGCUCUCAUCACUGCAGUGGCAAAACGUUUUAACGGGAAGGUCGAAGAAGAAGAAACCAAUUAGAGAUUCAUGGAUCCAUCAUCAUCAAGAUUAAUUCCAUGAUCUUGCAGUUUCCAAGGGUUGGAUUGGGUGCUGGUUGUACUGAUUUUACUGUUGCGUUGUUGAAUGCCUUAUUGUGUAAACAAAAUGCACAGGGUCAAUUCUCCAUAACUCACUGUUCAGUAAAUCCAUCCCAUAGUGGUAAAGUAUUUACAUACUGAUUACAUCGCAAAAUCUUUUUACAAAACUUUCCUUGAUAUGAUAAGUAAGUCAGGUUGGAAACACUGUAACUUAAAGGUACACUGUAGGCAACCAGACCACUUUAGCUCAUUGAAGUGGUCUGGGUGCAGUGUUCCUUUUGCACUUAGUGCUGCAAUGUAAAAUAUUGUUUUUCCAGAGAAACUGCAAUGUUUACAUUGCAGCUCUAAGUCUGCCUCCAGUGGCUACCUACCAGACAGCCUCUAGAGGGCUUCCUGGAUCGAAACGGACCUUAGGUCUGGUAUGUGACGCUGGAUUUCCUCACGCUCUGCUGGAUGCUUUUCUAUGGGGAAAUGCUGGAGGUGCGGAAUGGCGCUGGGGUAAGGGAAGGAGGAGCGAUAGUGCCAGGCAUACAGCUUUGUAUUCAUGGCACUGUAGUAUCCCUUUAAAAUGGUAUACAGCUUCACCCAGUGCAAAGACGUGUUUUUCAUAUUUAGAUUCUUUAUUUGGGGUCAACAUCGGAGAAACAGAAUAAUGUAUUCCAAAGCAGCCACAAAGGCAAUCACAUAACUAUAGCAUUUUAAAUCAAAUGAGUGGCACCCUGACCUCCUAGAUUUGAGAAAUAAGAAAAAAAGAGAACAUAAAGAGUAAAGAAGAAAAGGGGGAAAAUAAUGUAUAGUGAACCACAAGAAGAGGGUGGGAAGGGUGCAAAGCGUUGACGCCCAUUACAACAUUAUUAUUGUCUCUGAAAUCCUUCAAAAUUAAGCAUUUGUUGCAGACCCAAUACAGUGUGGCCAAAUCAGUGCACCAGUGUUUAUGUUCUCUUGCAUGAAAAAAGGUAGUAGUUAAAAAAAAAAAAAGUAAUGCUUAUAUUUAAAAUGUUUUGCAUUAUUGCCUGUAAAAAGACAAAUACAUUUGAACUGUGUAAUAACUGUUUCGCUGGGUAUCUUGUUUUUAAAAAGGUUAAAUUCUGUUGAGAUAACUCAUAAGCUAACAACCUUGUACUUUGAAAGGACGUCACCUAACACCCUGCACAUGACCCUACCUUUACACCCCCUUUAUUAGAGACCCCACCUGUCACAUGUCCCCUAGAUAAGUUCGAGAGCUACGAAUGGCUGCGUGCCUUUACCAUGCGGUUUGCAUGAGCUUUUAAUGCUGAUAGUUAAUAGUUGUCAAUAUUAGAUUGGUAAUGAAUUAAACUCCCCCAGACCUCCCCUUUAUUGUCUUUAAACUUUGUUCUGUUUAAUAAACAAUGGACAUUCUCUGAAUUGAUUCCUUUGUAGGGUCUACAUCAUUGAGUGUUCACAGGACCUCAGAGUGUGGUUCGAUCUAAAUAGAAUUAUAGGCCAUGGCAGGAGAAUGUUGCAGAUGUUCCUACACUGUUCCAUUACAAGAAUAUUAUAGACUAGCAAUGUAAUUAUCAGACCAGGGUUUCUAACAAUGUAAAUUUGUAGAACAUAAGGGUAGAAUUGCAAAACCAAUCUAUGUUCAUGUUAGAUUUCUCUGCAGUUUAGUUUGACUGUGCUCUUUGAUUCCUAUAAUUAGAUCUACUCAUGUUAUCAUUGUAGUCAGUUAAUCAUUUAAAAAGCUACUGUACUGAAUUAAUUCACUCUAAUUGGUACCGGAGUUUAAUCACUCUUUGUAAACAAACUCUUAAGAGAAGUUACACAUUUAUUUUCCUUAACGCCUCAUUGAAGUGGUUUGGAUGCAGUGGUCCUGUCUUCUUAAGCCCUAGUGUAAAACAUUGCAGUUUUGUAGGAAUUCUUUUCAGGACUAUAGCUUCCCUUUAUUUCAUAGAAAUAGCAGUAUUCCGAUGCUGAUCUAAUUGAGGUUUAAUAGUUUAAUGCGUUUAAUUCUCCAGUUUUCCCUGCAAAGAGUCACAAUGACAGCUCACUGAUCCUGCUUUCAUUCUAUCCAUUCAUAUUUUAAAAUGGGCUCCUGUCAGACUACAGGGUGCACAAUACAAGUUCAUUUCUACCAUUGGAUUGUUAUAAUAUUUCCCAUUAAUUGUGUGCAAAGUGAGGCAGAUUGACGAUAUCCGCCGACAAUACUCCGUACUCUAUUUAAAGUUUUGAAAAAGCAACACAAUUUCUACAAAUAUCUGGCAUUAACUGACCAUGCUGACAGCAAUCACAAUCACACUCAGGCAGCCAGUGCUUGGUGG